AUGUUUAUAUCAUAUGGUGCCAUCUUAUACUGCACUGUUGGCACAUUACUGAGGAAACUGGAGAAUGGUUUACGAGGUGUUUCUCAUGUUAUUGUGGAUGAAGUACAUGAAAGGGAUCUCAAUACUGAUUUCUUGAUGGUGAUGUUACGAGACAUGGUCCAUGUUUACAAAGAUCUCCGUAUUGUCAUUAUGUCUGCCACUGUGGACACGACCUUAUUCACUGACUACUUUGGCUCAGUGGAAGUUGUAGAAGUCCAUGGCAGACUGUUCCCUGUGCAAGACUAUUACUUGGAAGAUUGUGUCCAGAUGUUGAACUUUAUUCCUCCACCUUCCAACAAGAAGAAGCGGGACAAAGAUGACAUUGCGGAUGAAGAAGGGGAGAAAGAGGAAAAUUGCAAUAUGAUGAUUUCAUCAGAUUAUAAUGACACAACUAGAAGAGCCAUGGUCAUGCUGAGUGAGAAAGAGAUGUCAUUUGAACUUAUUGAGGCACUUUGCAAGUAUAUCAAGAACCUUGGUAUCCCUGGUGCCAUCUUGAUAUUUCUCCCAGGGUGGAACCUGAUAUUUGCCUUACACAGACACCUGUCAGAGCACCCAGAGUUUGGUGGCCCUGCAUAUCGUCUGCUUCCACUUCAUUCCCAAAUCCCAAGGGAAGACCAACACAAGGUUUUUGAGCCAGUACCUGAAGGUGUUACAAAGAUCAUUCUGUCCACCAACAUUGCUGAGACCAGUAUCACUAUCAAUGAUGUUGUUUAUGUCAUUGACUCUUGCAAAGCCAAAAUGAAGCUGUUUACAUCCCAUAAUAACAUGACAAACUAUGCCACUGUGUGGGCCUCCAAGACAAACCUAGAACAAAGGAGGGGGAGGGCAGGACGUGUUAGACCAGGGUUCUGCUUCCACUUGUGUAGUAGAGCCAGAUAUGAAAGAUUAGAACAGCACACAACCCCUGAGAUUUUCCGUACACCACUUCAUGAAUUGGCACUGAGCAUCAAGUUACUGAGGCUUGGAGAGAUUGGUCCUUUCUUGGCCAAAGCUGUGGAACCACCACCUAUUGAUGCAGUCAUUGAAGCUGAAGCCUUACUGAAAGAGAUGGGUGCCCUGGACAGGAACAAUGAGUUGACCCCUCUUGGGAAAAUCCUGGCCAAAUUGCCAAUAGAGCCCAGACUGGGAAAGAUGAUCAUUUAUGGCUGUAUCUUCUAG